GAGGCGCCAUGGAGACCGGAAGUGCGGCGUUGCUUCCGGUCCUGGAUUCCGAGCCAGCGCCCUCGCCGAGCGGGAGGCGAAGGGACGCCGCUGCUGAGAAGAUGGCGGCGACGGAGACGAUCCCUGCUUCAACUGCGGCCUCGGCCACGGCGACGGCCACUGCGGCUGCUCUCGGGGAGGUGGAGGAUGAAGGGCUCCUGGCAUCGCUGUUCCGGGACCGCUUCCCAGAGGCCCAGUGGCGGGAGCGGCCCGACGUGGGCCGCUACCUCAGGGAGUUGAGCGGCUCGGGGCUGGAUCGGCUGCGGCGCGAGCCAGAGCGCCUGGCGGAGGAGCGAGCGCAGCUGCUGCAGCAGACGCGCGACUUGGCCUUCGCCAACUACAAGACCUUCAUCCGCGGCGCCGAGUGCACCGAGCGCAUACAUCGCCUCUUUGGCGACGUGGAGGAGUCGCUCGGCCGCCUGCUCGACCGCUUGCCCAGCUUCCAGCAGAGCUGCAGGAAUUUUGUGAAAGAGGCUGAGGAGAUCAGCUCCAAUCGCCAGAUGAACACCCUGACUCUAAACCGGCACACAGAAAUCCUGGAAAUCCUGGAGAUACCUCAGCUCAUGGACACCUGUGUCCGGAACAGCUAUUAUGAAGAGGCCCUGGAGCUUGCAGCCUACGUACACCGACUGGAGAGAAAAUACUCCUCCAUCCCUGUCAUCCAGAGCAUUGUGAAUGAAGUGCGCCAGUCCAUGCAACUGAUGCUGAGCCAGCUGAUCCAACAACUGAGGACCAACAUCCAGCUCCCUGCCUGCCUCCGUGUCAUUGGCUUCCUCCGGCAAAUGGAUAUCUUCACUGAGGCUGAGUUGAGGGUCAAGUUUCUGCAGGCCCGAGAUGCUUGGCUCCGUUCCAUCCUGACUGCCAUCCCCAAUGACGACCCCUAUUUCCAUAUCACGAAAACCAUUGAGGCCUGCCGUGUCCAUCUAUUUGAUAUCAUCACCCAGUACCGUGCCAUCUUCUCAGAUGAGGACCCACUGCUGCCCCCUGCUGUGGGUGAGCACACUGUUAAUGAGAGUGCCAUCUUCCAUGGCUGGGUGCUGCAGAAAAUCUCGCAGUUCCUGCAGGUGCUGGAGGCUGACCUCAACCGGGGGAUAGGCAGCCGUCUGGACUCUCUGCUGGGGCAGUGCAUGUACUUUGGGCUGUCCUUCAGCCGGGUAGGGGCUGAUUUCCGGGGUCAGUUGGCUCCUGUUUUUCAGCGAGUGGCUAUCAGCACUUUCCAGAAAGCAAUUCAGGAAGCAGUGGAGAAGUUCCAGGAUGAAAUGAACUCCUACACCUUCAUCUCGGCUCCAGCCAUCCUGGGCAGCAGUAACCUGCCCGCUCCAAUUCCCGUCACUCAGCCGGGGACCCUGCAGCCGCCCAUGGUGCUCUUAGACUUCCCGCCCCUUGCCUGCUUCCUCAACAAUAUUCUAGUUGCCUUCAAUGAUCUGCGCCUCUGCUGUCCUGUGGCCCUGGCACCGGAUGUGACUGGGGCCCUAGAGGAUGCCCUUGCCAAGGUAACUCAAGUAAUUCUGGCCUUCCAUCGCUCUGAAGAGGCUGCCUUCAGCAGUGGGGAGCAAGAGCUCUUCCUCCAGUUCUGCACUGUCUUCCUGGAAGACCUUGUUCCUUAUUUAAAUCGCUGUCUCCAAGUCCUUUUUCCUCCAGCUCAGAUAGCACAGAUCUUAGGCAUUCCACCCACUCAGCUCCCCAAGUACGGAAACCUUGGGCAUGUGAACGUCAGCGUUGUCCACGAGCCUCUCGCCUUUAUCCUGCCGAAGAAAGAGAUGGUCUUCUGUCUGGACGAGAAGGAGCUAGUCCCGGAGCUCGCAGCUCCAGCACCAGAACCCUCUUCCGGGCCACACCUCGAGCCUGUCUCCCCAGCUUUCCCUGACCCGCAGCAAGAGGUGGAAUCCGCGGGGACGCUGCAGUCGGACGAACCCAGCGCGGGCACUUAACGGGCGCCUCCCGCUCCCAGAACCGGGUGCGGCGGGUCCCGGGGUGGGCGGCCUAGGGGCUGACUGCCUGCAGGGCUCGGGGAACGCGAGCGGCCGCGUGGGUUUAGG